AAUAAAUAAGCUUAAAUACGUUGAUGUUUGGUUUGUUGGGAUAGGACAAUAGUUUCAAAAAUCUAAUCCAAAAAGCACCUGAUAAAGUUCUUAGUGAUGCAUAUUACUAAUCAAAAAUUACAUUUACAUCUUCAUCUUUACUUAAUAUCCUAUUGAUUUUUGGUAAUUUUGGUAAUGGUUCAUUUUGACCCAUGAAAUGUAUUGUUGUCUAUUGUUACAUUUAUAGCUAUACUCCAGACUCACAAAUAUGAAUAAGACCUAAAACUGAUCAGAGAAAAUCAGAAUCCAUGUGGUUUUUGUGGGUCCAUAAAACAAUCUUUUGUCUGCUGGGUUUUUCAGUAGAGUCACAGAGCGUAAAGAAAACACUCAUCUUUCUGAUCUCUGUAAGUGUCAUGUUGAUGAUUUAGUUGUAAGUAUAAAAUCCUGUGUGUUCUAGUGCUAGUUAACCCUAUCUUUAUUGGGUUUUACAGACAUUCUUUACUGCAGUGAGAACUAUCUGUUGCUAAAAUAGAGUUCUGUGACCCUUUAAGAGUCUACAUCAAAAUAAUGCUUAAAAAAAACAAAUGAUUGACAAUAAAACAUUAUUUCUUAUACGCACUUUCCAUCUAGAGUAGUCAAUGUUUUAUGUCAAAUAUAAAAAAGUUAAUCAAAGUUGUCCUAAAACAAGAACACAUUUUGGUUUUAAUGUAUUUCGUAAUUUACUUUCUAAUGUCCUGUUAUUUUCUCCAUAUUUACAUGAUUGUUUCUCUUUUAUCUUGGAAUUAUGAUCUCAGUCUCGUGUAAUUCAUAUAGAUAUAGAAUUUUGUUGGCCCUGACUGAUAAAUCCUGCAUAAUAACACCAAAAACCUGUAAUAAAUACUAGUCUAGAAGUGGACUUUAAUAAUGCCAAACACAUGUGAGGAAGCUGAUAUCACAUCUGCUUAGAAACUCCAGAUUUCUUUCAUCCAUUUAGUAAACUCCCCAACUGACCUGUGGUUUCUGGAAAAAAAAAUCCUGUGCUUGCUGUUCUGAAAUCCUCUUAAAGCAGCAGCCUCCUUCUGAUGCCAUUUUAAUGCUGAACCAGUAACGUAUAUGGAGCUUAACCGGAACAGAGCUUUUUCUCGACAGAAUUAAUCACACAAAGGCUUUAAAUAACCAAUGUAUUCACUCAACGAUUUAAUGAAGAUGAUGAACCGAAGACAUGCUGUGAUCCUUUCAGUAUUCAUCUGUCAAGUUCAUACCGUGCUGGCUCAGGACUGUCCCAGUAAACAAGACCUACAGAACUCCAUUCAUCAGGCUCACAAGCUGCUUUCGGCGCAGGAAGCUUCGUAUCUGCAGAGUCUUCGCACUUUGAGGAAGAAACUGAGUCUGCUUCAGGACAGCGUCGCUCGCCGGCCCGUGAAAGCCAAGAACUCUACUUGUCCUGACCUGGAUGUUCCUGUCAAUGGAAAAAAGCUGGGCAAGAUUCUGUUUCCUGGUCAUGAAGUUCACUUCCUGUGCGAUGUGGGCUUUGAGCUGCUGGGUUCAGAGACGCGGCAGUGUAAAGAUUCUCUGGUCUGGAGCGGCCAGCAGCCCGUCUGCAGAGAUGUGGAUGAGUGUCUUUCCUCACCGUGUGCUAACGGAGGGACAUGUGAAGACGAGGUCAAUGGGUUCAGCUGUGUCUGCUCCACGGGCUGGACCGGACCCACCUGCCAGUCUCCAACUCCAACAUUUUUCGUCACUGUAGCGAACUCAUCUCCCGUCGGCGCUGGAGCCGGGUCCUCGCUCAGCCGUCCGUCCAGGUGUAGUCAGGUCCAGGGAAUGACCCACUGCACCUGUGAGCCUGGGUUCAGCAUCUCCGGCCGCGACAGCAGCGUCUGCACAGACAUAGACGAGUGUAAACUGUUCCACAAGGGGCCGGCCGGUCGUCUGUGUUUGCACGAGUGUGUUAACACGGCUGGAGGAUACCGAUGCAGCUGUCCGGCUGGGUACAGCGUGACCCCUGACGGACGCAACUGCAAAGAUAUAGACGAGUGCAGCGGCAGACAGAACAACUGCACACGUGAGCAGAUCUGCAUCAACACCUACGGAGGCUUCCAGUGCGUCCGAGUCGAGUGUCCACCGAUACGCAACGCCACCUACGUCAAAACAUCCGCUGUGCGCUGCGAGAGGAACCCGUGUCCGGUGGACAGCAGGAGCUGCUCUCAGGCGCCGGACUCCGUGUCCUUUCACUACAUGUCUGUGGUGUCCAGGCUCUCCGCGCCGCGAGUCAUGUUCCGUCUGUCGGCCGUCAGAGUCUCGGGAGACACGCUGAGGUUCGCCUUACUGAGCGGCCGCGGCCGGCGUCCCUUCAGCGUGCAGCGCUCCGACCGACAGACGGGGGAACUGCUGCUGACCAGCCCCGUCCAGGGUCCGGCCACGCUGGACGCAGAGCUGGAGAUGACCGAGAUGGACAGGAGAGAACUGCUGGGCCGCUACAUCACCAAGAUCACCAUCUUCGUCUCACCUUACGAGUUUUAGAGUUCGGACAGACAGUUUGUGCUUGGUUCUGUCCUUAAAGCUAAAUGUGUGUAUGUAGAUGGACAUAUUUACCACAAUGAAUAUAGUUGUCAUACAACAUCAAGAAUAUAAUAUAGAGCAUAAUCAUCUGCUGUAGUCUGUUAUACCUAUAUCCUUGUUCUUUCUAAUGUACACAUUUUGUUUUGUCUUUUAUCAUGUCCAUGUGUCUAGGACUGUUGACAGAUUAAAAAAAAAUCUAAAUUUUAAUGAGUACCCAGGUCUUCUAUUAAAAUGUUUUCCAAAAUCUGAGUUUAACACAUUUCUGCCGAGUGGCUUAAACAUGAAAAAAACCAAAAGUCUGGCUUGUGAAACCAAGUCUACUAUUAAAUACAACACAAUUGAAGCUAGUGCAUAAAAAAUAAGGCUUAUGUGUGAAAAUAGACAACAAAUACACAAAGCCUAUGAAUCGAAAUGAGUCAAACCUUCAUUAUAUAUUUUAUGAAAAUGAAUCAAACAUUUGUACACUAUGAUGAUAUAAAUACAAAGACGAGCAGAAGGAUCAGAUUUACUGUAUAAUAGUCCUGUAAUAUUUAUCAGACAUUUAAGAAACAGCAGGUAGAAGCGAAGCGUAAAGUGCACACCUGAUCUCUCCAGCUCUGAACCACGACUAUCAGAUCUCAAACACAUCAAUAGAUUCUCUACACAGAAACCCUGUUACAACCAACGCCUGAGUCACACACACACACACACACACACACACACACACAGGACAACA